GUGCGGUCAUUGACACCACAUGCGCUGGUCAUGCCAUUGCCCGACGACCGAUGCACAUCCUGAGCGGUUGUUUUAUCUGUCCAGGUUGACCCUGGCGAGCACCGCCACUUGACCACAGCCUUAUACCCUCACUAGCGUCUUCCUCUCAUCUGCUCGCCAUCAACCCCCACUCCCCGCCGCGUGAAACUUCUUCGAUUGUGAUUUGAAGAUUGCCUUCCAGAAUUCUAGCGAAAAUCGGAUCAUUCCACCGGCGUCAGACUGUUUGUAGGGAGGUGUUGCUUGGCUGGUUUUAACCGUGGACCUGCAGGAUCAACAACAUGGCAUAUGAAAUAGAUGAGCAAAAAAAGAUUGGGUUAGGUCUUAUUGGUUUUGGUAUCCUGUUCACAUUCCUUGCCAUCAUUCUCUUUUUUGACAGAGGUUUGCUUGCUCUGGGUAAUAUAUUAUGGUUGGCUGGUGUAUCCCUUUUAUUGGGUUGGAGGUCUACUCUGCAAAUUUUCACUAAUAGAAUGAACUACAAGGGCUCAGCUUCAAUUCUUCUUGGAAUCUUCUUAAUAUUUGUUCGUUGGCCAAUCUUGGGUAUAAUUAUGGAAAUAUAUGGCUGCAUUGUUCUCUUUGGUGGUUUUUGGCCAUCUGUCAAGGUUUUUCUUUAUCAGAUUCCUGUCAUUGGAUGGAUACUAAGAUACCCUACCCUGCCGUUCUUUGAGUUCUUGUGUGGCAGAUGUUGAGAACAAUGUCCAUGUUGUAGAAGUCUUGGAGCAUUUCGACUCAGACCUUGAUGCCAUUUUCCUUCAAGCUUCUCUUCUCUGUAUCAUCCAAUACCUCUCUGAUUUUCUUGAGGUUCAAUCAGAUGUUUUUGAUCUCCUUCUCCACAGACAUUUCUGUUCUUAGCUCAUGGUCAUGGACCUUGAUGAUGUACAAGAAUGGAGAUGAGUGUGUCAGCUAUGUGCUUCAGUGGUGUCUGGCAUAUCUUGAAGAAGAGAUCUGAAAAGUGAUUACCCCUCUCUUCUCAGGUCUGAGAUGAAGAGUAUAUUAUAUGUUGUUUCCCAGAAUUACCCCUCGCAUUGGGGUUUUCAUGUUUUCCUUUACAAGUUAAUAACUCCCGUAGGCUGGACAUAGAAUUUGCAUCAUUAGGUGAUUACUAAGGACCACAUUUUGUGUUGUACUUGGUGUUACUAAUUAGGGACUCAAAUACAGUAACUAAUUUGCUAUUAUUGAGGUACAAAGCGAGCUAUUCUCUCUAUCGGUUUUAAUGGGUUAGGUUAUUAUUGUAAACUGAUAUUUUCUACAAGAUCUAUAUUUUGAAAUAUGAGCUGUAGUCGGCGAAAAGUUAAAAA